CCCGCCCAGACGGCGUCGUUUGGCUACGUAGACCACCCUCCCACGACUAAUUCCCGAGCCUUUUGCUUAAUUCCUAAGCUCCCUGUGACGAUUAUUCUGACAGGGGGAGAGCGCGACUCCAUUAACAUUUGCAUUUUGCUUGCGAGGCAAUCACAAUUUUCAAAAGAGGUUUGAAAGGGUGCUUGGGAGCCGAGAAAAAUAAAGAAAGAAAAAGGCAAUGCAGCAAAUGGCGCAAGGAUGGUUCUCGGGGACCAUUAACGGCGAGGACCAGCAGAAACCCUCCUCGUCUCUGCUAGCCGAUUGGAAUUCUUAUGCGGCCACGCAAACUUCAGAGGAUAACUCCGAUUUGGGGUUGGGCUUCGAUCUCGAAUCUGCGGUCAGGUCCGCAAACGACACCGUGACUGGCACUUUCAAUGUGGUUUCUAAAGGAGUGAGAGAUCUACCUGGGAACCUGCAGUCUGCCACUAGUAGUGUCCCUUCAGGGAAAGCACUUAUGUAUUUUGGUUUGCUUCUGGCAAGUGGGGUUUUCUUCGUUUUUAUCGCAUUUACAAUGUUCCUUCCAGUCAUGGUGCUGAUGCCCCAGAAGUUUGCUAUAUGCUUUACCCUUGGGUGUGGCUUUAUCAUUGGGUCGUUCUUUGCGCUCAGAGGUCCAAAGAAUCAGCUUGCUCACAUGUCAUCUAAAGAGAGACUUCCUCUUACAUUGGGAUUCAUCGGCAGUAUGGUGGCUACCAUAUAUGUUUCCAUGGUGCUUCACAGCUACAUACUCUCUGUGCUCUUCUCUGUGAUACAGGUUCUUGCACUCCUGUACUAUGCCAUUUCAUACUUCCCUGGUGGAUCUGCUGGGAUGAAAUUCCUCUCAUCUGCCCUUACCUCUUCAGUAAUGAAAUGUUUUGGGAGGUGACCUUGAUUUUCUGUUUUUAUGGUUUUUGGCUUGUAUAUUUGUUGCGUACUUUAGACCCCUGUAAGUGUUGGUGGAAACUUUGGAAUUUUAGGAGACGUUAGCUUAUUUGAUAUUGAUCCUAUCCAUAUUAAGUUUUGCGUGCAA